UUUAGUAAGAAAGCAGCUAGUUUGAAACCUAUCUUUAUUGAAGCGGUUCAAGAAUUACAUGAUGAAUUAGAACUUACGCGUGAGAAUGUGGCGAAUCAAGCUGCUGAACAUAUUCAUUCUGGUGAGGUGAUCAUGACCAUGGACCAUUCACGUACCGUUCAGAGCUUCUUACAAGCUGCUGCCAAGAACCGACGUACAUUCAACGUCAUCGUAGCCGAAACAGCUCCUAAUUUCUCAGGUCGAACAUUAGCAGCCGAAUUAGCCGGUUCUACACCACCUGUCGAGACUCUUAUCAUCUCAGAUGCAUCAAGCUUUGCAUUAAUGUCAAGAUGUACAAAACUGAUUAUAGGAUGUCAUGCGAUCUUUGCAGAUGGAUCGGUCUUAGCUAAAUCAGGUGCUUUGGGAUUAGCCUUAGCAGCUAGAGCUCAUUUGGUUCCAGUAGUCAUUGUGAGUGGGAUGUAUAAAUUCUCACCUGAAUAUGUUAGAGCAGGAGAAGAAUGGUCGAUUUGUGAUCAACAAAGUCCAGAAGAAGUUUUGAUUCAACUUAAACAAGAUCAAUUUGAUGAAUCUAAAGUGAUGGGUGAAGUAGAAGUUUUGAAUCCUUAUUAUGAUCGUAUACCUGGUGAACUCGUUAGUUUGUUUAUUACCAAUCUGGGAGGACAUCCGUCUUCACUUGUAUAUCGGUUAUUAAAAGACUUGUAUGGAACCAGUUGA